ACAACAGUCAGAGUCAACAAAAGCGACAGUGAUUUAGAUGAAAUGAACGAAACGAAGGGCAGCUAAGAGGUUUCGUUCAAUUCCGCUGGCCAACCGAAAGCGGGCUGGAAUCGUAUGAUCGCUAAGUGGGAGUUGGACAAAAUGAAAUGGAUAAAAAAAUAUGUCUCAAAAUCCACGCGCCAAAAAGAUUUGGACGAACAGCGUUUAUUCAAAUCAUUCGCAUUUGUUGUGCUACUGGGCCAAGUUUUUGGUAUUAUGCCACUUUCCGAUGCCUGCGGUCCGCACGAGCACUGCAUCUACUUUAAGUGGAAGUCCUGGAAGGUGCUCUACACCCUCCUCGUUGUCGUUGGAAGUGUGUUUUGCGGGUGGUCAACGAUAUACCAUAUGGCCAACCAUGGAUCAACCAUGGGCCUUGUGUCUGCCGUAAUGUUCUAUUUGAAUUCGAUUGUGGUGCACCUACUCUUCGUAUCGCUGGCGAAGGAUUGGGCUCACCUGAUGAGAGAAUGGAGCGCGGUUGAUAUCGGAAUGCGAUCCUAUGGGUGGCCAUCAAAUCUCGACGCGAGGCUCAAAAUAACCUCUGUGAUCAUUCUGUCAUUCGCCACAUCGGAACACCUUUUGUCGGCCAUCCAGAACUUUGUACGUGCGAUCAACUGUCGAAACACAAUUGCUGAGAUCUUUGAGUACUUCUUCGUCAAUUUAGCAUAUCCACAAGUGUUUUCAAGCAUCACGUACUCGAUUGGUAUAGGCGUGACGUUACAGGUGAUCACGUUGAUUUCAACAUUUUCCUGGACAUAUAUUGAUUUGUUUAUAAUUUUGAUCAGCUCAGCUCUCGCACUUCGGUUUCGGCAAGUGAGCGACAGGAUGGAGUCCUACCUCCAAGCGGCAGUAGCUGUAAGAGAAAUUAAGCCUAGACAACCCCUUCAGCUGUCAGACAUUGUAUUAUGGCGAAACCUUCGGGAAGACUAUAAUCGUCUUAGCAAGCUUUGUCGAAUAUUAAAUGAACACAUUUCUUAUAUAGUACUGGUGUCAUUUGGAAGUAACUUAUUUUUCAUACUUGUGCAGUUUUUUAAUAGUUUAAAGCCGAUAAGGAAUACAACAGAGAUGGUCUACUUUUAUUUUUCCUUUGGAUUUCUGAUUGGUCGCACUAUUUGCGUUUCACUUUAUGGUUCUUGGAUCCAUGAUGAGAGCCAGAAGUUUAUUCCUCUGCUCAAUUCCGUACCGUCCACGAUUUAUAAUAUUGAAGUUAGGAGAUUCGUUCUGCACGUCGGCAUCGAAACCAUCUCCUUGACUGGGAAGAAAUUCUUCAAUGUGACUAGAAGCAUAGUACUAAGCAUUGCAGGUACGAUUGUCACAUAUGAGCUGGUGCUAAUACAGUUUUAUGGAGGCCAAAUACAAAAAUCUGGGAAUGAAACCUAUGGAUGCUAGAUUUAAACAAAUUGUUACAACUAUGUUUAAUAUAUGUUUUCUCAUUUGGUUUUUUAAAAUUUAAUUUCAAUUAAAAUUUGAUUUUUACUAUGUGUGAUAUAUGUUUACUUUU